CUGGAAUCGAUUAAUUUCCAACAUGGCGGGUGUCCGCGAAUUGACAAAGCUUUUAAAAUCGCACUUGUUGCAUUUUCCCAGGAAAUCUCACCCCCUAGGAGGCUCUCGAAGUGCAUUUCAAACAUAUGGUAGAUGUGCUUCAACAUUGACAUUCGUUCCUGAUUCUCCGUCACCUCUUGAUGGUAAGCUAUAGACAAAACCAAACUCAUUAACCAAACAGAGAACAAUAUUUAGACUGAACUAGAUUUAUUUUGCUAAGUUACAUUAACCUAGUAGACAUUUAAAUCUGAUAAAAUUUAUUAUAACUUCUUAUGUUUUUUGAAAGUGAAAUAUCUACCUCAAGUUGCGGUGGUCGAAAUCAGAUAUUUCCUAAUUGACGGCAAUCGAUACAUGCGACGCACCUUCCAACAAAACUCUUUACUAAACAUACCUUAAUUAAGUUUCCAUUCAUUUAUUACGGGGAGCAAAUCGAACUCAAUACUGUCCUAGAAAACAAAAUUUUAUAUCAAAUAAUUUGAUGUACAGAACUUUUAAUACUAUUAUAAUGUAAUAGUGUAGUUUGAUCGUCUGAGUGAGUGUAGUCCUGAGAAGGACAGUCACCACUGCUGACAACAUUCCUUCUCAAGACUAAACUCCCCUGGACGAUUAAACUACUACACUCACCAGGAUGAUCAAACUACACUGUUACAUGUUACCCCCAGGUUCAAACCAUUUACUCUACCUUGAUAAUAGUGAAACCUUUCUGUUUGUUAAUUUGUUAUGCAUACAGCCUUUUCAGAUCGAAUUGGAUUAGUCUAGUUACAUAUGAGGAACUGCCAAAAGGUGUAUGUGUAUGACUUAUACAUGUAUGGGUGCUGUUGUAUGUGCAGUUAGACUCGGUCAAUACUAGCAUGUUCUACUCGCUAGUUUAUCUCUCAUAGCUAUCCUGCUUGUGCUGUAUUGCCUACGACUGAAGAAUGUGAACUUCAAUCAGGCAUCAUUAAACAACUGUUUCAUAAUGAAAUGUAGGUUACCAUUUCUCAUGCCCAUGUGCAUUUGAAUGUAACUGUGGUGUGUAAUUAGCUGUUCAAAAUAUAUUUAAAUGAGAUAAAACAUUUGUAAGUUUGAGACAUUUCCACAAGUUUCUAUGUCUUGCUGCAUAGAUGGUUAUGUUAACUUAUGUUGCCUAAAACUUUACCAGUCCCUGUGCCAUAAUAGUUCUGAGUUCUAGAUCUCUUAAUUGUAAUAUGUGUACAGAGUGGUUUACUUCCCAUAUCAAAUCCUCUAUUACCCUUUGUUCUAAAUAUUUGUAUAUAUUAUAUUGAGCUAAAUACAUAUGUGAUAUUUUGAAGGUUCAUAUUUACUUAUCACUAUUUUUUUAUAAAUCCCUUUCCAGGAGAAACUCAAAAAAUGAAUUUGUUUCAGUCUUUAACAAAUGCAAUGGAUAUCAUUCUUGAUUCAGAUCCAACUUCGGGUAAAUAAAUUUCCUUUUGAAUGAUUUGUGAUAUCUGGUUCAAAUAUUUCAAAUUAUCUUCAUGGAGAUGCACAUUUAGCCAAACCUAAAGCAGAGCUUCUUACUGAAAGUCUUUUCUUUGUACCUACCCACUUUUUAGAUGGGUAAGGGUCUGAAUUUUAAAGACAAGGAACUGAAUAACAUCAAACAAAAUGAUGUAUGUUUGUGAUGUGUUUUAAGACUAUCCUACCAGAAAUGCACUUAGUAAUAUUGAACAUAUCACUAUACUAACUGGGUAAUUUACAAAAGCUGUGUUUAAAUUUUGUUUUUGUAGUUGUAUUUGGAGAGGAUGUAGCAUUUGGUGGAGUUUUUAGAUGUACAGUUGGUCUAAAGGACAAAUAUGGUAACUAACUUUUUUUGAUUGAACCUUAACUAUCGUGUCAUUUGUCACUGUUUUUUUAGUAGAAACUUUUUAUCUGACUGGUAAAUUUCAAAUCUGAGCAUGUAUGAUAUUACUCACCAAUCAGUGUUAUGUGGAUAACUAGUUCACAUUUAAAAUUGAGUUUUUCUAAGGCACACAUUAUUCACCCAAUGUUUUCCCAGGAAAAGACAGAGUCUUCAACACACCACUCAGUGAACAAGGAAUUGUUGGUUUUGGAAUUGGAAUGGCUGCAGCAGGUGCUACAGCUAUUGCUGAGAUUCAGUUUGCUGAUUAUAUUUUCCCUGCAUUUGAUCAGGUGAAAAGAAACUCAGUGGAAUUAUAUAAAAAAGCUUGUUUAUUACACACUGCAUCUGGGAAAUUAAAAUCAGACUUAAUAUAAUAUUUCAACAUUUUUUUCGUCCAAAAGCUGGCAAUUUUUACUGGCUGUUUUCUGGUGAUAGGAACAGCUAACAGAAAAAAACAAUAACCAAAAAAUUUCACUUAUAUUGUCCAGCAAGUUUUGUAAGUUAUUCAGUGCUUUCAAUAACACCUGGCACCCGCUGGAGCUCCGGCAGGUAUUCUGUUGUGAAUCGCUGGGUAUACUUUGUCACAUCCAAGUCAAAUUAACAGAACAAAAAAAAGAAAUAAAUCACAUUCAAAAUAAUAGCCAAUUUAGUGUUGGAGUGUUCACCUCAUUUAAUUCUUUGGUCCUUUUUUGUUAGAUUCAUUCUUUCAAUAGCAGUUUUCUUUUUCUGCUUGUUUUGGGUGUUCUUCAAAAAUUGACCAUGUGUGAAAUCAAAGUACAUAUCUUUGGUUGCCUGAAAUGGUCUUUUAAACAAUUUUGUGCUGAACUAAAAUCAUGAAAUACUUUUGGAAAAAUAAAACAACAGCAGUUCAACUUAACCGCUAGUUGAAAAUCAAAAAUGAUAAAACAGCUUGCUUGUUGAUAGACUAGGAAAUCAAAUUUGGAACUUUUUCACAAAGAUGUUAACUUUAACCUAGGCUUAACUAUGAACUCAAGAUAGAAAUGAAAACAGCCAUUGAACACUCAGCAUUUACCCUUGUAUUAAAAAAAAAAAAACAAGCUGCUUUUGCAGUGAAAAUCGAGGAAGACCUUUUUCUAAUUGUUUAGGAUGUAAUAUGAAACAUGAGUUGUGGGAACAGCCAAAAUUCAUUGGCUGAUUGAUUUAAUUCAAUUAUGUUAAUAUUUAAACAGUUAUGGUGGCUAAAUCCGUCGACAAUGAACAAUUCUGCUGACAAAAAUAUUCUUGGGGUUUUUCCAAGAAACAAAACUGGUGGAAUUCACUACCUCAUAUUUCUAAUUUCACCCACUAAAAAAAAUAAAAAAAUAAAAUAAAAAAAGACUUGAAAUCACAUAAAAUUAGUUCAGUAUUUUGAGGUAGAAGACUGAUAGGUUUGAACAAAGAUCAUGGCUUUACAAUGCAAAUAUUAUAAGCGACUGUGAGUCAAAAAAGGAUGUAUGAAUGGAAAAUGAUAGUAUCUCAGUGGCUUGGCCAGGGGAAGAAAGGUUUUGAUAGUAACAUUAAAAUUUGAGAACAUGUGCAUACAGAAAUUUGAUGCACACAAGAUAUUAGCUUGUAUUAUUUUUAUUGACUGCUGGUUGAAAGUGUGAAGUACUAAGCAAUGUUGGGUGGUCACUGCCAUUCUGGAUCUUUCUGUAACUUUGUGGAAUCUUUCAAACACACUCAACAAAUGAGACAUAAAACACCUCGACAUCUUUUAGGUGAUAAACAAGUUUUGAGUAAAAACCAUUGGUAUUGUCUUGUCAUACCAAAUACCACAUUUCCAGGAAAAAUAAGAUUUUGAGUGAACAAGAACAUCCUGACACAAAUUUCAGUAACCAGUAACCAUAUGUCCCUUCAGAAGACUUUUUGUGUGAAGUUCGGGCAGCAGGUUUGCAAGUUGGCAACGGAAGAUUUGAUUAGAAAUAAACAUCCAGUUAAACAAUUGUUACAAAGGAGACCAAUAUUCAUUGAUCAUUUACCAAAGUUCAACACAAAAAACUCAGUUUGAAGCCAAUUUAUUCUGAAUGGAACUAGUGGGCUAAUGAGAGCAAAAUUGUUUUUUCAUAUUAUUCUCCUGCGGGUGCUUUACCAAGGUAGCCACUUACUUCAAAUCUUAUUGAAAGUACUGUACACUGUAAGCCCUCAUAUUUUUGUAAGUUUUUAAAAACACUAAGUUUUUUGUAAGUGAAAACAUUUGAAGGAGUUUAAGAGAUUAUUUACAUAAUAUUAUCAUAACAGAACAUGAAUUGCAUCCUUGAAUUAUAUUUAUCUUAAAUUGCAAGAUGAAUGAAUAAUUGUUGCUUUCACUGGUACCUUGUAUUGAAAAUUUUAUAUGUAAGGUCAUCUGAUUAAUUUGUACUGCCCCUAACUUUCAGUGAGAUGUUCUCAUAUUAUUUUAGCUGGUGAAUGAAGCUGCAAAGUUUAGGUAUCGGUCAGGAAAUCUUUUCAACUGUGGAAGCUUAACUGUACGAGCACCAUGUGGGGCUGUUGGCCAUGGGGCUCAUUAUCAUUCACAGUCUGUGGAAAGUUUCUUUGCUCAUGUUCCAGGAUUGAAGGUAAACAAAAGCCUUUUUGAAAUUUAUAUAUAUAUAUAUAUAUAUAUACAUGGUGAGGUGUGAGUAGUCCAGUGGUCAGUGUGCUGGACUCUGGGUCCAACGGCCCGGGUUCAAGUCCUGGCUGGGGCAUGACGUUGUGUCCUUAAGCAAGAUGCUUCACUCACAUUGCUUCGUCUUCUCGGAUAGGACGUAAAACCAUAGGCCCCGUCUCCUGCUGGGUUGGGGUAGGAGACGUUAAUUUCCCAUGCACGAGAUUACUGUGUGGUGGAUGUCCUCCCCUGGGGUGGGAUGGGUGGAAGAGACACUAAUUGUAAAGCGCCUUUGAUCAUCCAUAAAUGUUAAAGGGUGUUAUAUAAGUAAAUAAAUUAUUAUUAAAUUAUUAUUUUAUAUAUAUAUAUAUAUAUAUAAGUGAAAGAGUCAAAGAGGACACAUCGAUUCUUUGUUACUCUGAGUUUCGUGCCUAAGCACUCAUCAGAGUUCUGUCUGUCUCUACCCCCACAUUUAUGGGGGUAGAGUCUACCUUGGCAUAAAGUGCUCAAUGCUGUGGUAGCAGAGCUGAGUAUAUAUAAGUGAAAGAAUCAAAGAGGACGCAUUGAUUCUCUGCUACUCUGAGUUUUGUGCCUAAGCACUUGUCAGUUCUCGUAAGUUCUGUCUUAGGGUUAGGGUUAGGGUUAGGGUUAGGGUUAGGGUUAGGGUUAGGGCACUUAGGCGCAAAACUCAGAGUAAUCGAUGCAUCCUCUUUGAUUCUUUAACUUAUAUAUACAUAUAUAUUGUAAGAUUGUUUGUAAACACAUCUUAUUUUUCAACCACAGCUAGGUGGGUUACCUCACCUACCUGGAGUCCCCCACCACCAUGUAAACCGGCUCUAAAUUAGAGAACAUGAUGAACCCUAACCAUCAACCUUUUAAGUUGUAUUAGGAGUCAAAAAAAAUUUUGUAUUGUACCCUUUUUCAGGUCGUUAUACCAAGGGGGCCAAUUCAAGCAAAAGGACUACUCCUCUCUUCUAUCAGAGACAAGAAUCCAGUUGUAUUUUUUGAACCCAAGAUCUUGUACAGACAAGCAGUUGAAGAAGUUCCUGUGGGAGACUAUGAAAUCCCACUCUCUGAGGCAGAAAUUCUAGAGGAGGGUAUGUUAAACCUUCAGAGGUGAAGUGAUUUUUGACUUGUUAUUAUCACAUUGCACAUUAUUGUUGUUUUUUUGUUUGUAGGUUCAGAUGUAACAGUAGUGGGGUGGGGCACACAGAUCCAUGUCUUACGAGAUGUCUGUAAAAUGGCAAAAGAUCAGCUAGGAGUGAGCUGUGAACUUAUUGAUCUCAGGACAAUUCUUCCUUGGGAUGAAGACACCGUCUUCAAGGUAAUUUUGUUAUUCCCAAAAUAUAUCUUUCUGUUAUAAUUUAUAUAUAAAUAUGUAGUUUGAUUUUAGUAACAGGCAUGUUCAAAGAGUGAAAUGUUAGAAAUGAAUGUAAUUAUAAUAAGAGUUGAAAUGAUAAUAUUGUCUCUUUAUAGUGUAGCUGUGUUGUAAAAAAGAAAUCAGUAUUUGACACAGAUUGAGCCUGGCAUAGAAGUUCUAAAGUAACUAAUAACAACAAUAUAUAUGCACAUUAAUGAUGUGGUUAGAUAAGCUGUGUCUCUGGGUGCAUAGCUAAGGAGAACAACAGUGAGUCUUCUUCUUUAAAAGCAGACAAGUAGGGAAUAAUGAGACAUGAAAAUAAUCUGUAUACAUCAAAGAUAAAAACUGAUAAAAGCAAUUUAAAUAUAUUGACAUGAAACUCCCAACAGAGUUUACAUGUAUACGUGCUGAAAAUUUAGACCAUACAUAAGUAUCCAUUCCUCAAAAGAAAAUAAAUCAAAGGUAUAGCUUUGUAGGGAAAUCAACUGUUGUAUAAAGGAACAAAUUUACAAAUGAUAUUUAUAAUUAAAGGUUUAUCUGUCUUAUUAGUCUGUGAUGAAGACUGGGAGAUUGUUAAUAGCACAUGAAGCUACUCUUACAGGAGGAUUUGGAGCAGAAAUAAGUAGCACUGUACAGGUUAGAGAUACUUGUGAAUUAAAUUGAGUAUAUUUUUUUUAGACAAUCAAGGGAUGGAUAGUGCAAUAAACUUUCUCAGCCUAUGUCAUCACUCAACCCUUUAACUCCCAUAGUGAUCAAGACAGAGUUUCUCCUUACAAUAUCAACACAAUAUCAAGCAGACAAGUGAUGAGAAUAAAGAAAAAUGUCAAUUAGGAGAUUAUAAGGCAAUCCAAUACCAAAUUCUCCAAACUAACAUCACAAGAACUGUAUGGCAGACAGUAAGGAGAAUUACUAAUGAGAUCUUGGAAGUUAAAGGGUUAAUAAACAGUAACAGUUACUUUGCAGUCAGUUACUUCAAAAACACUUUAAGUGCCUCAAAAUGAUUUCAUCAUUUUUAAACAACAUUUACUUAAUGGUCGAAUACUUCACCCUUCUUUGUGUGUUGGGAUGAAAAUGAUAUCAAAAAUCCCAAUUUCUAAAUUUGAGAUGAUCACCUUUCUAACAUAAAUUGUGCAAUAUCAGCACUACAUCUUUUUGAAACACCCUGUAAUUAAUUGAAGUAUUACAGGAAGUAUAACAUGCCUGUAAGUUGAAAGUAGGUUUGUUGACCCCCAUUUUUUAUUACUGAAAAUGAUCUACAGGAAAUGUGUUAUAUAGAUCAGAACCACCUUAAAUCAUGAAAACAGUUGGCACUGAUAAUUUGAGAAUUUGUGAAAAGAUGAUUCUUGAUAUGGUGAUUGCAUUUCGGGCAUAAGGAAUGGGUAUUACCAAGCUUAAAGUUAUAAAUGUACUGGCAUAUUAAGCUUAAAUUUGAGGGUGUUGCCAAGAGAUUUUAAUUUUCAAUGCUACAAGGUCCUGGCCUAUUCACAAGACCUGUACUAGUUUCCACUGUGCUAUAGGGAUUUUAGAUAUACAAACGAAUGUAAUUUUUACAAGGUUUCAUUCUUCCUUGUUGUAGGAACAUUGUUUCUUGUCACUUGAGGCCCCCAUCCAGCGAGUGUGUGGCUGGGACACACCCUUCCCUCACAUAUUUGAGCCAUUUUACCUUCCAGACAAGUGGAGAUGUUUUGAGGCCCUCAAAAAAAUCAUUAGCUAUUAGGAAUUUAACUUGCUUUCAUACACUAUGAAAGCUUAAUUAAAUAUAUUUUGUAGCCUCAAAAGUUACCUAAUGGAUCUCUUUAUUGCACUUUUUGGACUUGAAUUUAAAUUUUUACUUCAAAAUGAAGUCCACUUUCUUACAGACAGCACAUAUCUUCAUUUACAAGUUAGUCCUGUGGAAGUGAUCAAACAUCUUUUAUUUAGUUAUUCCAAAAAGUUGUAUUUAUAUUUAAUUUAAGAUUUAACUAUUUUAACUUAGGAAAUGGUCAAUUUAUAUUACCAGAAGUAUACAACCUAGCUUAUAUGCUACUGAUGAAAUAGAUGGUUGAUGGUAGUAGCAGAGGUUUCCCAUACAUUUCAGUUAAUAACUCAAAGCUGAAGAAGGCAACCUAGGUGAAAAAGAUCAUAUCUAGAUAAUAAUUUUGGUCUUGAUGUAGGUAUGUUCUCAUCACAAACCACUACUUCCAUUAGGAGCACUUCUGAACAAAGUAUAAUGACUGUGAGGGAGAGAUUUCUGAUUAGAAUAUUAGAAUAAAAGGAUGGAUGGUGCAGGCCUAUCUAUGAUUCAUCACAAUUUGUCCUUUGUAGCUUAAGGGUUCAUCUUCAUCAUCAAAGAAAAUGAUAGGCCAAUAGGGCUACCUUUACUUAAAUUGGUCUCCUUAUUUAAGAUAGAAAAUUCAGAAAUGAGUGUAUACUGUUUUGACAUUAAAGGCCAUUCGGGGUAAAGGUUUCUAAUGGACUGACAAGUCCUACAAGGCAGCUUUCAGCAUCCCACCAAAAUAAUGGGACUAAAAAACAAGAACAUGGGUGAAUAUUGUGAAUCUGGACUGUAAACAUAACAAGAGGCAAUGAAGUAUACAACCAAAGGAGCACACAAAAAGUCAGUGGUAAAAGGCAGUAAAUAGGCAAGUACAUCUAAUAUAGGUCAUUCACUGCCUUGACCAUUUUCUCAGCAAUUUAUUGUGUUUAGAGUGUGCUCAUUACAGUGGUGAAGACAGCUUAGAAGCAUGUUAUCACAGUUUAUUUUUUUCACUCCUAAAACUUGAAAUUACAAAAAAAAAUGUACUUGGAAAUGUACAUAGGGGACAAAUGCCCAGAAAUGUACAGGAGAGACCUUUAAAUUUCACUUGGAGCCAUCAAUAAUAUGGUUGCCAAUGUUUGCAAAAAUAUCUUAACUACAAGUUAGGUUUGAGAAUUAAAUUCGUUGUAAACCAUAUCCCCAUUUCUGACUAUCUAUGAUG